AUGGGCACUCGCAUGGACCCCAGCUACACCUGCCUUUUCGUCGGCUACGCAGGACAGUCCAUGUUCCAAGCCUGCACCGGGAACGCCCCCCAACUCUUUCUGCGCUACAUAGAUGACUGCAUUGGAGCUGCUUCCUGCACCCACACCGAGCUCAUCAAAUUCAUCAACUUUGCCUCCAACUUCCAACCUGUCCUUGAAUUCACUUGUAGCCUGAAAGGUGACACGUCCACAGGGGCUGUGACAUCUGUCUGUAUCCGAGAAGGUCCCGUCAUCUUCGAAGAGCCCAUGUCAGGAACACACAUCACGGUUCAGAACAUCACCGGGACCUGCAACCUCACCCUGACCUGCUCCGUGACCUCAGGUGACCCCACCAGCUUCAGGUGGUGGAGGGGAGGAGAAGCUGUGGGAAACGACAGCCCCCAUCACCUCUGGGAACACGGAGAGACGGUAGAGAUUCAUCACACAGCAGAGGUGGAGGACGUUGUGUACAGGUGUGAGGCCAGGAACCCCAUCAGUGAGGGCACGGCACAGAUCCGGCUGUGGGACGUCUGUAAAGUGCACACAACUGCACCCAAUACAACAACAACAUCCGAUACAACACCACCCAUGUUUCAGCUAACGACCCUGCUGAUUGUUCUGGCGGUGCUGGUGAUCUUCCUGAUCUCUGCUCUCAUCGUGAUUCCCUUGGUCAUCUGGAGGAGAAGGGCGGCCAGAAGGGAAAUGGCUGCAGAAAGGGAUAUGUCUUCAGGCACUGAAGGCCCAGCGGAGACCAGCACCGUUUAUGCAGAUCUUCGGUGGACGCAGAACCAUCAUGCGAGCCAGCAUCCCCCUGUGGGGAACAAGAGGUGUGUCAGUCUGGAGGUCAGUGCCGAGAACCCCAGCACAGAGUAUGCGGCAGUGGUGUACCGUGCGAAACCCUUCCCUGGAAGGGCUGAGGACAGAGCCCAUGGACAACGUCCCGCAGUCUAGGCUGAAUCCUCCCUCCCUCCACACCAGCACAAGGACGGCACAGAUCCUCAGGAGGAGCCGCUGGUCAAUUGGAGGUUGGGGGAUACAGGGGGUUCUCUGUGUCCCACUCAUGUGGUGGGACCCACGAGACAUCAUUGUUAUGAGCCAGGUUGCUACUUGGUAUGUGUCCCUUUAAGGCACCUGGACAGUGGUGUAGUGGCGUGUGUGUGUGUGGCUUUAUCUGACUACUGCGAGGGAAAAUAAAGACUAUAACUGGAGCAUAGUGGCAGUUGCACAGAGGGAGAGAGAGAGAGAGAGAGAGAGUUGGUGGCACUGACUGCGGGUCUCUGUAUCUAUGGAUGAAGAACAGUAGCUGUGGCUGUCACUGUACAAUCCAUGUAUGGAUUUGUGGAACAAUCUGUGGCGUCCACUCUGUCGUUAACCUGUACUGGGAAGCAGGUAUGUCUGUGGGUGGCCAUGUGUCGAGUGCCCUCGGUGUGGCAGAUAUUUCGGAACAAAGCAAUGGUGAUUGAGGCGUCGUAUAGUUCCAUCGUGGAACUUGUGGAUUUCAUAAAUUCCUUCUCUCUAUAGUUACUCUACAUUCUCCUGUGGUUUUCAGAAGCCUUUGCUCAUCAUUCUACUUUAUGACUCGCUGAACUGAACUUUGAGAACUUUUCCUAGACUUGGGGGUUUGGGAAUUUGCCACACACACACUUCGGGUUUACUUUGGGGUCACUGUUUAA